UCUUAUGCAGAUGCGGCCGCACAUUAAAAACAGAAUUUAAUUUUGCAAUUUGUCUUAAUAAAGUGUAUUAAAUUGUUGUAAAUUGUUGUGAAAAUCUAUAAAGGGCCUCUCCCAAGAUGUUUACACCCAACGCGAACGCCCCCAUUGGAGGCGCAACUGCAGCUCCUGGCGCCUUUGCUUUUGGCGCGCGACCGGCGACAACCACUGCUCCGCCUCCCUCCUUUGGAGCGGCCACCUCCACUACGUCCUUUGGUGGCGGCACCUUGUUUGCGGCUCCUGUGGCCGCGCCUGCUUUUGGAGCGCCAGCUGCCGCGCCUGCUUUUGGAGCGCCAGCUGCCGCGCCCGCCUUUGGAGGAACCGCAGGUGCAGCGCCUGCUUUUGGAACAGCUGCCUCCGCUGCGCCAGCUUUUGGAGCAGCUCCUUCUGCUACGCCUGCUUUUGGAGCACCGGCUGCCACUCCAGCCUUUGGCGCACCAGCUUCCUCGCAAGCGCCGGCCUUUGGAGCACCUGCGGCCGCCGUGGGCACUGUGGCCCCCACGUUCUCCUUUGGCACUCCAGCCACUAGUGCUCCGACCACAGCGCCGCCCGCUUUUGGAUUUGGAGCCACAGCCACGACUGCUGCAGCUGCGAUGCCAGCAUCUCUGGGCUCCGGCAUUGGAUCCUUCGCCUUUGCCAAGCCCCAGGCCACAACGGCGGCCAGUUUGAACUUCAGUACCACCACGACGACGGCUACGGCGCAGCCCUUCAAUACGGGUCUUAAACUGGGAACCACCAACACGGUGACGGCCCUCGGAGGAGGCGGAAUCUUUGGCAAGCCAGCGGGGCAGGGAGCCGCCCCGCCAGCCUCGACUUUUGUGGGUCUGGGCGGGAUUGAUGUGAGUGCCACGCAGCCCAAGUUGGGCGAUAACAAGCAGGAUGGUAUUAAGAUCAAGGAGACCCAAGUGCCCGACGAGAUAGUCAAAACAGUGGAUGCCUUGAAAGCGUACAUCAAGCAGCAAAAGACCAUAUCCUCGGACAUUGGCAGGACUUCCACGUCCAAGUUCACCAAUGUGAGCCACGAGAUCGCCAACUUGAAGUGGGCACUGCAGAACAUGGCCAACUCAGUGGAGGGCAACAACCAGCAGAUUCGGCUGAUGCGCCAGGAGACGGCCAAGGCGAUUCAGUCGCUGGAGAUGGCCCAGCGAACACAGGACACGCCCGCUGGUCUGCAGUUCGAGCACAGUGCUCCCUUUCAGUACUUCCAGUGCCUGGUGGCCAAGUACGAGCAGGAUUUGAUUGCCUUUCGCCAGCAGAUUGCCCUGACCGAACGCCACAUGCACGCGCUGUCCAAUCCGCAGAGUAUUUCGCCGGAGGAUCUUAAACGUGGCUUCCGCCAGCUGAACGAAAGCUUCAUCUCGCUGGCAGGCCGACUGCACGAGUUGCACCAGCGGGUGGAGGAGCAGAAGGAGCACUAUCUGAACCUAAGGCGCUAUCGCCUGCGGGACGCCACCAACGUUUUCGAGCGGAUCGACAAUCCUCCGCUGCCUUCGGUGGAGCCCCAGAGGAUAAGCAGCGGUCCAACGCCCUUCUCCAACAUCUCGGCUUUUAUGAACAAGUCCUAUGCGGCGGCGGCCAGUUCCGCCAGCAAUGCGGCAGCCAAGUGAGAUGGAAUCAUUAUCAAGCUUGAAUAAAUCAUUAUUUACAGGACAGUA